AUGAGAGGUGAAGAAAACGACCCUCAGAAGUCGAGAGCAAGCAAACUAGCCUCAUCCUCAGGUGGCUUGAGUUCAGUGGCAAAGGCUUCCGGAAAAGCUGUUCAACGCACUGCAAAUGCACUUAAUCCUACCAACCUAUUCAAGAAAUCGAAACCUAUGCCACACAAGCAGAGUUUAUACGAAGAGCUUCAAACCGAAACAGCUGAAGAGCAUUUGCUGGAAAGCUUGGAAGAAAGGGGAAGACGAACUGUUCCCCACUCGGAUGGCUUUCGACCUGCAGUUGAAGGAGAACGAGCUCCUCUUGGCCUGCACUCUCUGGGGAGAGCAUUCGACGAGGAGGCUCCAUUGACUUCUUCGUUUGCGUCGGAUUAUUUGAGCAUGGCACGAAUGGCACAGCAACAUAGUCAAAAUCAGAAUCAGAGAUACCACUACGAGGAGGCUGACCCAAUGAGCAACCAUCAACGUGCACAGUCACUUCUCGAAAGUAUUAAUGAGAGUGUGAAUGAGAAUGAUGAUGAAAUUGACGACACGAUGAUCGACGAGGAAAUGGGCCUCCAGGGAAUAUCGGAAAUUAUGGUGGACGAGUCCCACCCCCUUCUUGUCGAACCAAUGGAAAGAGGCUAUUCAUCAGCACCAUAUCAACGACUACAAGAGGCUCGGAGGAAUGGAGCAAGACGUCGCUUUCAAAGAAUCCUUGCAUGCCUCAAUCCAUUGAACAUAAUCAGAGGGUUGUUGCGGAUCACUCUACUGCCAUUCUUGGCAUGGGCUCUGCCUUUGUUUGUGACUUCCUGGACAUUGUUUUACUACGCUGGAAACCCUUCGCUCGAGUUCUUACCUGGCGAUGCUACUAUUUCAUGGUGGCUCAACUUUGUCGGUCGACAUGCUUUCUUGCUUCAAGUGUCCUACAUAUUCCAAACCAUCUUGAUUGAUUGGAUCAUUAUGUCAUCGCGUUUGGUCGUGGCGAUUAUUGGUCCUUGGGCGACCAUAUUUUGCCUUCAAUCACGAGGAUGGCCAUUCUUGGUUGGAUCCUGGGGUAUCUUGGCAAUGCUAUUCUUGCAGGGAAGCGACGCCUUUAGUCAGCACUGGCUGCACUCUACUGGGAUCAGGAUCUUCAAUGUUUCUAACUCAGGAAGUUAUAUUAUAGCCUCUAGCACAUACCUUCGAGUUCUCAUUGGUAUGUUAUUGGCUGGAAUUGCGACAUCCUUGAAGCGAACAAUUGUGACUCUCUACUUUGGAAAGAGAAGUUUCGAUAUAUACAAGACCAAGCUGGAGAAACUUCUCAACAAUGUGAUUUUGGUGUCGGAAGUUGCCGAGCUUUCGGCAGCGGCGAGUGAUCUUCCACACACAGAUAGCAGGAGGAGCAAUGUCACACCGAUCAGUAGCCAAACAAGCGGCCUCGGUCUCGGCGUUCAAUGGUCUAGUCUUCGUUUUAAAGAUAAGCAAAAGUUGAGUAAUACCACACAAGAUGUGGCCGAGGGAAGCCAAGGAAGCAAUGACGACGAUGAAGAAAGCGAGGAGGAAAGCGAGGAAAGCGAUAGCUACACCAGCGAUAACAUCGAGAUCAGUGAUAGGCGCAAACAAGAUAGAGAGAAAGAGAGCGACGAACAGAAUAAGUUGGAUCGACUACGCACGCAGGCUUCUUUUGCCAAAUCUUAUUCCUCUCUUUCAGCCGACACGGGUGUAAAUAAACACUUCAAAAUUAAGAACAAGCUGGGCCGAUGGGACGACCCACUGAAUAAGAUGGAUACGCAAUCCGAGUCUUCGGUCUCGGACAUUCUGAAGUUUCGAAAGGCACUAACGUACAUGGAUCUAGAGCACCCAUUCUCCGAAUCCUUUGGACCAGCAUCGACCAGGGAUGAAUUGUUAACUUCAGCUCAGGCUGCCUAUUCGCGGCUUCGACUACUUGCGGAAGGAUCAUCGACGCUUCCAUUCUCCGUGCUGGCUGUGUUAGCGGAGAAUGAAGAUGGAACUAUCGAUAAACACGCGCGCAAAAGCUUGAGAAAGAUUUUUCCGCCAGACAGAAUGGGUAAUGUGUCCCUAUUAACUUUUGUGAUGGGCUGUGAUUCGGUCUACAAGAAGCUCCGCUACUUUAGGGCCUCUGUCGGCAACUCAUCCGUGAUCGACAAAGUGCUCGAGGAUAUCAUCGACACUAUUUUCUUCUUUGUCCUUGUAAUUCUCAUUCUCGCCCUAUUGAACUUGAAUCCAUGGCCGCUUCUAGUGUCGACAUCCACACUGUUGGUGACUUUUGCCUUUGCUGUUGGACCGAGUGCUGAAAAUGCAAUCGAGGGCAUCAUUCUCAUUGUCGGUCGAAGACCUUAUGACAUUGGUGAUCGAAUCAUCAUUUCCGAUAGCCCUGGUGGACCGGCUCCAGGAGUAGACGAAUCGUGGUUUGUUGAAGACAUUACACUGUUCUCCACCACACUACGAUUCGGGAACAGCAACGAGGUUGCAACUGUCAGCAAUGGUUCGAUUGCACAAGCAAGAAUCACGAACUGUGCGAAAUCAAGCAAGGCUACUGUUCAACUUUCACUGCGGUUUCACAUCAAAUUUCACGAAGGCUCGAAUCUGCUGGAUUUCAGGGAAGCUCUUGAUACAUAUGUCUUGAACAAUCCAAACCGGUGGGAUUCGAUCUCUUUCUUCCGCUGUGAAGCAAUUGACACUGACGAUGAUUUCGUGGUGUACCGUUUGGAGACUCAGUCCACUCAGUCAUGGCAACCUGCUCCAAGAGUGCUUGAGCACCGAGCACAGCUACAUCGAUUUAUUUUGGAUCUUGCAAUUAAAAUGGAAGUUCAAUACGAAGCUCCAUUUCCAAUUCAUUUUAUAUAUGAUGGUGGCGCAAUGGUGGACUUAUCUCAUCCCAGGGUGAACAGAGCAAAAAAGCGGCAAGAGGAUUUCGUCAAAGCAAAUCGCGUAGCAUUAUCUCAGGAUUCGGGCUUUGAUCGAGCAGUAAGGGUCGAGUUGCCCGAGACGCCUGCGACACGUACUGGUGCCGACUAA